UUCGUUGAUGAAAACAAAAAGAUUUCUCAAGCUGGCUGUAGAUGCUGAGGUCUCCAGGGAUCUUAAAAACCGCAGUUACAAAACAUUAAAGUUAUAUAAUUUCGAUUAGUUUGGUAGACUGGCACGUGUGUGCCAAUCAAAAUCAUGUCAUUUAUGAAAGUUUCAACAGUUUUAGUGGAAAACUAACAAUUUUGGAAGCCAUUUUAAGCCCCUGUCCGGAUAUUUCUGCCAUAAUUAAGAAAUAGUUACCACAAAGUUAACUAACUGAUAGUUACCGUUAUUUCAACGGUAACUGAAAAGACAGUUACCGGUGUUUUAACGGUAACUGUGUUGUUAGUUAGCGUUAAACCAACGCAACGGGUACUUUUACAGUCCUACUAUACCAGGUGGCAAAUAUAAAAGUCUAUGCAAUAAGAUACUAUUGCCUAAUGAAGAUCCUAUAAUUAAAGCUAUAGGAUAUGCUGACGAUGUAACAACAAUUGCUUUUGAAAUACAAGAUGAACAUGAAACAUUUGGUAUGCUUGACUUGUAUAAUUGUGCAUCUGGUGGGAAAAUAAAUGUGAAAAAAACUGAAUUAUUUUGGAUAAGCGUUUGGCUAGAUCCACCACGUUGUCAAGCACGUAUAAAUAGAGAUUCGUGUAUAUUUCUUGGUGUACCAUUAGAUAAUAAUAGUCGUAUACCAGAUAAUGAACUAAUAUAA